AUUCACAGACUCACUCAUUCCUCAAGCUCAAGCUACAACACACGUAUAUCCCAGUCAGCACGUGAGUGAAUUUUCACGCGCCACCGCAACCAUGGUGCACCACCGCUUCCUCCUCAUAACAUACCCCAUACAAGGCCACAUCAACCCGGCCAUCCAGUUCGCCAAGCGUCUCGCAGCCACCGGCGUCCACGUCACCUUCGUCACCAGCGUCUACCACCACAGCCGCAUGCUCAAAAAACCCACCGUCCCCGGCCUCUCCUUCUCCACCUUCUCCGACGGCUACGACGACGGUUACAGAACCACCGACGACUCCCAAGUCGUCUCCUACAUCUCCGAGCUGAAGCGGCGCGGCGCAGAGUGUCUCAGAAAUAUCAUAACCGCCGCCAAAAACGAUGGCCAACCUUUCACCUGCUUAGCCUACACCAUCCUCCUUCCCUGGGCCGGACGGGUGGCGCGUGAGUUUCACCUCCCGGGGGCGCUGCUGUGGAUUCAACCAGCCACGGUUUUCGAUAUCUACUAUCACUACUUCCACCAAUACAAGGACUACAUCAGCCACCAAUCGCACAUAGAGUUGCCGGGCUUGCCAUUUUCACUCACUUCACGUGACAUUCCCUCCUUCCUGUUAUCCUCCAAUAUCUACACUUUUGCCCUCCCAACCUUCCAAGAACAGUUUGAAGAUCUCGACGGAGAAACCAACCCUAUAGUUCUCGUUAACACCUUUGAGGAGUUGGAAUCCGAGUCCUUGAGAGCAGUUGAUAAGUUCACCAUGAUACCAAUUGGGCCACUCAUUCCCUCUGCCUUCUUGGAUGGUAAAGACCCGAGUGAUACUUCCUUUGGUGGUGAUAUCUUUGAUGGCUCUAAUGAUUACGUUGAAUGGUUGGACUCGAAGCCUGAGUUGUCUGUGGUUUAUGUUUCAUUUGGUACCCUUGCUGUGUUGAAUAAGAGACAGACGGAGGAGCUUGCACGUGCGUUGCUGGAUUCUGGGUAUCCUUUCUUGUGGGUUAUUAGAGAAAACAAUGGAAAGGAAGAGAAGGAGAAGUUACAAGAGGUGAGCUGCAGAGAGGAGCUGGAGGUGAAGGGGAAGAUAGUGAAAUGGUGUUCUCAGGUGGAGGUUCUGUCUCAUGGUUCAUUGGGGUGUUUUGUGUCGCACUGUGGAUGGAAUUCGACUACGGAAAGUUUGGCUUCGGGGGUUCCUAUGGUGGCGUUUCCUCAGUGGUCAGAUCAAAUGACUAAUGCGAAGUUGGUGCAAGAUGUGUGGAAGACUGGGGUGAGAGUGGAUGAUAAGGUGAAUGAGGAAGGGGUAGUGGAAGCUGAAGAGAUUAGGAAGUGUUUGGAAGUGGUCAUGGGGAGUGGAGAAAAAGGACAAGAAAUGAGAAGGAAUGCUGAGAAAUGGAAAUGCUUGGCCAGAGAAGCUGUGAAGGAAGGGGGCUCUUCGGAUAGGAAUAUGAGGACUUUUCUCGAUGAUGUUGCAAAACAUGGACAGGAAUAGUUCUUUGAUGUAACUCGUUUUGUUGGGUACUUGAAAGAAAAAAGAAGAAAAAAAGAACUUGGAUAGGAAAAUUGUUUCUUGUCAAGACAAUAAAGCAGAAGAUUCAAGUGUGUUUUAGCAUGUUAUCGAAUAUUCCUAAUUACCCUUUAGGUAAACUAUCUUUGUUGGAUUUAGUCAAAAAGAAAAAUUGAACAACCCGGGGUAAGUCAAGUGCAUGUACAUGAAUGAAUUUUUGAAGGAUAACCAUCCUAAUCUUUCCAAUUGCUAAGAAUAUCAUCGUACCUUAAAGUUGCAAUUUAAACUUCA